AAACCCUCCGGCCGCAACCAUUCAAUUCCAUUCAAUUUAACUUCCCACCUCUUCUCCCUUCUCUCUCCUCUCAAACUUCCCCACCUGCCACUCCUCCUAAGCUGAUAAAGCUCUGAGAAAAGACCCAACGCAGGCUUACCUUCACUCUCGUUUCUCUCGUCUCAUACAAUGGAGCCAUCUCAAGCAACCCCUGAGCCCGUCCCUUCGCCCAAGCCUGCCACCAAGCGGAGCCUUCUCAGCUCCCUCAUGGAGGUUGCUGCCGCCGCCACCACCGCCACUGCCGCCCUGCAGCGCUCCUCUUCCUUCAAGGAGGACUCCUACCUCGCCUCCAGCCUCAGGUCCUCGGAGCUGAAGGCCCUGCAGGAACUCAAGCAGCUCCUCUCUACCUCCACCAAGCCCAUCAGCAUAUGGGGCGUCCCGGUCACCCCCGCUGGCGGCGGCGGCGGCGGCGGCGACGAGCGGGCGGACGUGGUGCUCCUCAAGUUCCUGCGGGCGCGCGACUUCGACGCGGGGCAGUCGCACGCCAUGCUGCUGCAGUGUGCUGAGUGGCGACGGGAGUUCGGCGCGGACGGGCUGGCGGACGAGGAGCUGGUGGGGUUCAAGGAGAUGGAGGGCGUGGUGGCGUACAUGCACGGCUGGGACCGCCGGGGCCACCCGGUGUGCUACAACGCCUACGGCGUCUUCAAAGACAAGGCUAUGUACGACCGCAUCCUUGGUGACGCCGAGAAGCUGCAGCGCUUUCUCCGGUGGCGCGUCCAAGUGAUGGAGCGCGGCGUCCGCCUGCUCCAGCUCCGCCCCGGCGGCAUCAACUCCAUCAUCCAGGUCACCGACCUCAAGGACAUGCCUAAGCGCGAGCUCCGCGCCGCCUCCAAGCACAUACUCUCCCUCUUCCAGGACAACUACCCGGAAAUGGUGGCCAGAAAGGUGUUCAUCAACGUCCCUUGGUAUUUCAGCGUGCUGUACGCAAUGAUAAGUCCAUUUCUGACAGACCGGACGAAGAGCAAGUUUGUGAUCGCCAGAGAAGGCAAUGUGGCGGAGACACUCUACAAGUUCAUCAGGCCAGAGUUUGUGCCGGUACAGUAUGGAGGGUUGAGCCGGCCGGGCGACCUGCAGAACGGCCCUCCCAAGCCGGCCACCGAGUUCACCAUCAAGGGCGGAGAAAAAGUAAACCUCGAAAUCGAUGGCAUCGAGGCAGAGGCCACCAUCGCAUGGGACAUCGCGGUAGGAGGAUGGGACUUGGACUACGGCGCCGAGUACGUGCCGAGCGACGAGGGGAGCUACACGGUCGUGGUGGAGAAGACAAGGAGGAUUCCGGCUGCGGCCGACGAGCCCAUCCACGACGUGUUCAUCGCCAGGGAGGCGGGGAAGAUGGUGCUGUCCAUAGACAACACCAGCUCGAGAAGAAGAAAGGUCGCGGCUUACAGAUACUUCGUCCGCAAAGCAUCAUCCAUGUAGUCGCAGCAUGAGCCUUCCCCCCUUGCGUCUAGUUUACUUGAGAUUAGUUCAGGCAUGAGUGGCUGCGUUUUAUCUUUCGUUGUACGUGUAUUAUAAGAAAAUCUAGUCUCUUUUUCCGAUCUAUGUCGGAGAAAAGUGGAUUUGAAUCCAUAAUUAUUAAUAUGCUGACUUGGGGUGGCUUUCUUGUAA